UAACAAAAUGGCCGCCGCCGAGCAAAGCAAUUGUCUCGCAUGCAUUCCUGAAAACUUUUCUGUGUCCUUUUUACCGAUUGCUGAUCAAAUAUCGACUAAGAGCAUGCAAAGGGGACUUAAUUAUUACCAGCAAGGCUACAUUCAUGAGGUGACACUUCAGUUCCCGACCGUAUCCGCCAAGUGUUGGCCAUCACUCAGGAAAAACAACUCGCCUCAUCGACUGUCACUUGACCUUGAUGUCGACCGAAUCAAAUAUGCUUAUUGCUCUUGUAAAGCUGGAUUAAGUGGGAAGUGUUCCCAUAUAAUAGGUCUGAUCAAGACAUUGCAGGGAUUCAAGCUCCACAACUUCAAAGAAAUUCCAUCUGAUUUGAGUUCCACAUCCAUGCCACAACAAUGGAACAAGCCAAGGGGAGACAAAAUCUUGCCAGUGCCUAUCAGCCAGGUUGUGGUUGCUAGACCAACUGAGCAACGCAAGCGGAAGCCAAUACAAUGCCACACCAACAUGAAUUACAAGCUACCAAGGGUUGAUAUGGCAAGUCUUCAAACUCUACAGGGCACACCACUCCUGCAUAGAACAGCACAACAUGAUUUGCCUUCGGUGCAAACUCCUAUGGGAGAUGUGCCAAUUGGAUCUGCACUAUCUUAUCAGAUCAAACACAUCAAGAAUGCAACACCAACUACACACAUAUGUGGGAACACCAGUGUUAUCUUGCCACCACCAGUGAAGCUUACCCAGGAAUUUGCUCAUCUAAAUGAUGAAGAUACAAUCUGUAAGGAUCCCAAUUCUCUUGAAAUGAAAACACAGAGUCAGUCAAAUGAACUCUGGUUUGAUGAACGCAGGAAACGUCUAACUGCAUCAAGUUUUGGAAAGGUUUUGUCCAGAAAAAAAAGACCAAAUCAUGGCUUCUUGAACUCUAUUUUCACUAGAAGAAAUAUAAAAGCACAAUCACUAGAAUAUGGGAAGAAACAUGAAAAAGAUGCUAAGGCAAGGUACCAUCAGAAAUAUCCAGACAGACAUUUUCAUGAAUGUGGGUUUGUUGUAAACAAUGAGUUUUCAUUUUUGGGAGCAACACCUGAUGGCAAGAUUUGUGACAAUGGUGAAAGUGGGAUUGUUGAGAUCAAAUGUCCCUACUCAGCACGCAACAUGACCAUUGACAAUGCUUGUGAAGCUUUAGACUUUUUCCUUAAAAAGGAAAAUGGUGUAACUUCUUUGAAAAGAUCUCACCAUCACUACGCACAAGUACAAGGUCAGUUGAUGGUUACUGGGUGCAGGUUUUGUGAAUUUAUUGUGUUCACUCAACUGGACAUGCAUGUGGAGAGAAUAACUCAG